AUGUCUACAUCAGAUAUUGAAAAAGAAGACUUCUCGAAAGUCGAAGUAGUCAGCUCUGAAGAAAUUUCAGAAGAGCACAAAGCAUAUCUUCUUGCUAAACAUGGAAGAUACGAUUUAGUUCCAUUACCGUCAAUGAAUGAUGACGAUCCACUCAAUUGGCCCAAUUGGCUUAAACAUAUGCAAUUAACAAUGGUAGCUGUUCACGGUUUCUUCGGUACAUUUUAUGCUUCUGGUUUAGUGCCAUCAUUCGGGAAAUUGACUGUAGAAUUAGCAACUCCAACCCCUAUGCUCGCUUAUUUGACAAGUGCUCAGAUUGUCAUAUUGGGUUCUUUUCCCAUGAUUUGGGUUCCAUUAAUGAAUAAAUACGGGAAAAGAAAAUUAUUGAUCCUUUCAGUGUUUGGAUCUAUGUGUUUCAAUCUCGGUGCAAUUUUCUGUAAGACAUAUGGAUCUCUUAUGGCUAUGAGAUGUAUGCAAGCCCUUUUUAUUUGUGCUGGUUUAGCUGUUGGUGGGUCUGUCGUUGCUGAAACUACAUUCGCUCAUCAAAGAGGUUCCAGAUCCGGUGUUUGGGCCCUAUUGGUUAACUUGGGUACUAUGUUGGGAGCGGUAUUUAUGGGAUUGGUUGCACAACGUCAAGAUGUUAAAUAUGUAUUUGUUGUCUUUACUUGUAUCGACUUUUUACAAUUAGUUAACUAUCUUUUAUUUGGGAGAGAAACUCUUUACAACUAUGCUGAUCCUUCAAGAAAUGAACCAAAUAGAUACAAGCAAUUAACUAAUUUCAGAGCAAUCAUCCCAGAACGUAAAUUAAAUGUUCUUACAAUCAUAGCUCCCUUCAAAUAUUUUGCUAAUUGGAGAAUCCUCAUCGCUGCUUUAGCUUAUGGUGUCUGUUUCAUGCAUGAUAAUAUUGCCACUAAUGUUGAAAUUCCACAAGUCAUGUUCGUUAAAUUUGGAUUAGGUCCACAAGCAUUAGGAUUACAAUUUCUUGCAUUCGUAAUUGGGUCUAUUAUUGGUGAAGUUGGUGGUAUCUUAAGUGACAAAUUAGUUGCUUAUGGUAGAAGAAACAACCGUGGUAAUUCAUUCCGUCUUUGGGUGACUUAUCCAGGUUUCAUAUGUUCUAUUAUUGGUAUUGUUCAAUUCGGGUUUAUGAUAGAUAAAGCCGUAACUUGGAGUGUUGUUCCGUUGGUCGGGUUGGCCAUUAGUAAUUUUGGUUUCCAAAUUUUGACUUCUCCAUUGAUUGCAUUCUCCAUGGAUACUGAUCCAGUCAAUGCAAGUCAAAUUGCUUUGUUCAUGACUUUUGUUAGACAAUUCCUUGGAUUUAUUGGUCCUUUCUAUUAUCCAACUAUGUUUGAAAAUAUGGGCUUUACUAAGGCUUAUGGAACAAUGGCAGGGUUAAUGGCUGCCAUUGGAUUUGUUCCAGUUUUGUGUAUGCAUUUGUUUGAAUCCAAGAAAGGAAGAUAG